AUGAAACCAGAAGUGGAGCUGAAUUCACUUGUGUUUGGAGUCUGUGAACAGGUGGGCGCGACGUGGGCGUGGGAGGAAGCAGCUGCCUCUCAUCUGAGAGCAAAUCCCCCUCGUCUGUUUCCCCUGAAGCAGACAGAGAACGGCCACGGUCGGCCGGCUGCUGAGCGCCGGCUCACCGGGGAAAAGCCUCCUCCCUCCUCUCCAACGGGACCUAGGCUCAAAUCAGUGCUGAGUGUUCAGCGUGAGGACACGAACGAGACACAAAACAGCUACAAAGAAACAAAAUACAACCACAAAGAGACACAAAACAGCUACAAAGAGACACAAAACAACCACAAAGAGACACAAAACAGCUACAAAGAGACACAAAACAACCACAAAGAGACACAAAACAACAGCAAAGAGACACAAAACAACCACAAAGAGACACAAAACAGCUACAAAGAGACAAAAUACAACCACAAAGAGUCACAAAACAACCACAAAGAGACACAAAACAACCACAAAUGCACACAAAACAACAGCAAAGAGACUAAAUACAACCACAAAGAGACACAAAACAACCUCAAAGAGACACAAAACAGCUACAAAGAGACACAAAACAGCUACAAAGAGACAAAAUACAACCACAAAGAGAAACAAAACAACCACAAAGAGACACAAAACAGCUACAAAGAGACACAAAACAACAGCAAAGGGACAAAAUACAACCACAAAGAGAAACAAAACAGCUACAAAUAG